AUGUGGCUCUACGGGCUCCUCAUUGCUGGACAUAUUGUUUUAGAUGCUUUGACCAUUUUCCCGCCAUUGGUUGUUUUAGCCCGCCUACCGCUUGCGCCUGGGAAAAAGUUCAAUUUGAUCUUUCUUCUUGUUCUUGGCGUUUUUACAAUGGUCUUUAGUGGUAUCCGGCUCUAUAUUUUCUAUCAAAUUAUGCUGGAUUCUUUCGAUCUUACAUGGAACGCUACAGGAGUCGCAUUUUGGGGUAUUCUCGAGAGCAGUUUAGCCGCAAUCAUUGUAUGUCUCCCGGCACUCAACCAGAUAAUACUCAAAUAUAUUCGACGAAUCUAUCAUGGCGAUGACAGGUCGGCGCCUGGUGUCCUGACCACAAGACACGGUGUUAGCAUUUUCGAACGAAACUUUAUGUUUCAAGGGCCACGGAAAGUUCUUACAUCCUCACCAGACGCAACGGCAUCAGGUAGCGCACCCGAGUAUCUGGAACUUGGGGAGGUGGGAAAACCGUCGAAUAUAGCGACUGCCACACGUGCACAACGUGGCCACAUCACGCAACGAACCGCGAAUGACUCUUACUCGGAAAUCUCCGCCGAUCGAAGUUUUUAUCUUGAAGACCAAGAGUCUAGUGUAGAGUUCGUGGAAAAUAUCACAAAACCGGCCAUAGCACAGAGGGCUGUUAGACGACCGUCUUCGCCUACAAUAUCUUAUGCUGCUCCGCAAGCUCUCAGAUAG